AUGAUGUUUAAUAACACCGAAUUACCCAGUCAGAUCGUACCUCUAAUUCGAGUGCCGUCGAAUUCAUGCCAAUCAAUCGUUAUCCAUGGCACAAAUGCAGUAGAGCAACGAUGCUAUCCUCUUCUGGUUAGCUUUGCUAAUCGAUGUUGUCGAAAGGGUCAGAAAAAGAACUGUUUAACAGGCAUGCAAUACGGAAUUCAACAAUGCGCUUUGUAUAAUGAAAGUAGUCUCAACAACAAUCCAACUUUUGUCUAUCGGAAUAGAAACCUUCUCGAUAGAAAGCGUGGCGCUGGUUAUUGGCUAUGGAAACCCUAUAUAAUCUUUCAAGAACUUUAUUAUGCUCGUGAAGGCGAUAUUAUCGUUUAUUCGGAUGCUUUAGUGAAUUUUGUUGCAAAUGUCUCUCAUCUGACAAGAUUGACCGAUCAACAAGAUAUUAUUCUAUUUGAACUUACAGGCUUGCAAGAAAAAACAUGGGCAAAACGAGACACAUUUAUUCUUAUGAAUGCUGAUGAACCGCGGUAUACGGAUACAUCGGGCAAUCUUGCUUCGUAUUUAGUAAUCAAGAAAAGCUUUAACAGUAUGGCUUUUGUUUCCGAAUGGUUGACCUACGCGCAAGAUAGUCGAGCUAUUACUGACGAUGGUAAUGUUCUCGGUCAAAAGAACUAUCGUGAAUUCCGUGAUCAUCGCCAUGAUCAAACUAUUAUGAGUAUUAUCUCGAAAAAAUGGAAUAUCACGGCGUAUCCAGAUCCAUCUCAAUAUGGAAAAGGGCGUAAAAGACCAUAUCCAUCUAUUUUUGAUCAUCAUCGAACAAGAGACACUUUUAAAUAG